UUACAAGUAAAUAUCUUGCUGACGUUAUAAGCCGGCAUGAAUUAUCCUCUAAAAAUUCUGAUAAUGUGGCACAAUACCUUAAUCAGCUUGGGGAUAAAAUAGGUAAAUCAGGGGAGGCCAUCGAAAAAAUGUAUUCCACCGGUAAUUUUGUUCUUAAGGAACUUAUGGCAGAGCUGAAAUCCAUUAAUGGAGAAAUUUACCAGGAACAAGUUAUUACAAGACAGGAUGUUAUGUAUUUUGCUGAACGUUACGAGAAGAUUUUAAGAGUAAUCACUAAGCUACGAGAUGAAUUUAGAAUAACCAAAAAUGAACUUGAUGAUCUUUAUGAUUUAAAUAAUGGGAUGCAUCAUCAAUUUGCAAAUGGGAUAAAAGAUGUAGAACUUUUUUUUGACGAGAAUAAAUUAGAAUUGAGGGAACGCUAUCGGUAUAAUAUAGAAAAAUUAGAACGAAAUUUCGGAUAUUUAAAACAAAUAAUGAAGAAGAUUCCUGACAUACGAUAUCAUAUUAAUAAUCUUUUAUCUGAAUUCGAUAAGCAUCGAUUGGUAGUGAUUGGGUGCCACAGUGAAUGGGUCAGUUUGAGGAGACGAAAGCUAGUUACUUACGAGGAUACCAAGAGAUUGGAUGAGAUGAUUCAAAAAUUAACAAAUGUAAUUAGAAUCUUUGAAAAGAAAGAUCUAGAAAAUAUUGAAAAACGUAUUUACAUAUAA